AUGGGUGAGAAAGGGGGCAAGGGUCUUUGGCUCUCUGCCCCUAGACAUGAGGUUAGCCUCGCCUAUGGUCCAAUGGUUUUUGCAGAGAAGAUGGUCUUGGCAGUGUUUGGGGGUCUGAUUGUGCUAUGGAUGACCAGGAACCUUACAGGUGACAUACCAGGGUGGGGAGCUCUCUUCCACAACAAUGUCGGAGAUGGAACAGUCACCAUCAUGAUGGCUACGCUGCUCUUCAUAAUUCCAAGCCGUAAGAACAAGGGCGAGAAACUGAUGGACUGGAACAAGUGUAGGAAGCUCCAGUGGGACAUUAUCCUCCUCCUGGGGGCAGUGUUCGCCAUUGCCGAAGGCUUCAGGUCAAGCGGCCUGACUGAUAUCCUCUCCGACGGGCUCCGGUUCCUGAAGGGUGCAGAGACGGCGGUCAUUGUACCUGUGGCCUGCAUCGUCAGUGGUGUCAUCACGGAGUUCACGUCUGACGAUGCGACCACAACGCUGGUGCUCCCUCUGUUCGCUGAAUUAGCGAAGGCGAUCAAUGUGCACCCAGCGUUGCUUAUGGUUUUUGGAGCAGUUGGGGCUCAGCUUUCGUACUUGUUACCUACUGGAUCGCCGUCAAACGUAAUUGGGUUCAGUACUGGCCACAUUACCAUCAAGGAUCUUGUGAUCACAGGACUGCCCCUGAAAGUUGUCGGAAUCGCAGCGCUGACAAUCUUGAUGCCAACUCUAGGAUCACAAGUUUUUAGCACAGACAUCAAGUUCUAG